CAAAAUGUUAAGUGGUGCGACGCCAUGAGAGCAUAACAGAAAACAAUUAUUCCGCACAAAAACAACAACAACAACAUCGAAGGCAACGAUACAACAAACAAAAGCAAACAGAAAAGAAACUGCAACAACUGCGCUGCAGUUUCACGUUGCAUUCCUUUGUUGUAACAACACAAGUUCUCGGAUCGGAUCGUAUCGUAUCGUAUAGUAUCUCACGCAUUGUUAUCAAUUGAGGGAUAAUAAGUGAACAUUUUUUGCCUGGAACAAUAACCCGCUUUAACUGUGACUCAUCACUAAAAAUUUCACAAUGGCUGCGAAUAAAAUGAAUGAAUUGGAGUCUACGGAUCAGGUGGGAAUACGUGAGGUGUCCACCAACACAGACGACUUAACUGAUGCCUUUGGCUCUGUCGGCGCUGGCAGCAGCAGCGGCGUCGGCGUCUCAACUUCUGUGUACCACAGCAAUGCGUAUGGAAGCGGAGCAAUUGGCCAGUUGGCCAGCAAUGGCUACAGCUCCUCCUCCUCCGGCUACCACAAGUAUGUGGCCAAAAUGGUCACCGAUAGACAUGCCGCCGAGUACAACAUGAGGCACAAGAAUCGCGGCAUGGCUUUAAUCUUUAACCAUGAGCAUUUCGAUGUGCCCACCUUGAAAUCUCGUGCAGGCACCAAUGUGGACUGUGAGAAUCUGACGCGGGUGCUCAAACAACUGGACUUUGAGGUGAAUGUGUACAAGGAUUGUCGCUACAAGGAGAUACUCAGCACCAUUGAGUAUGCUUCAUCACAGAAUCACGAGGACAACGAUUGCAUAUUGAUUGCGAUACUCUCACAUGGCGAAAUGGGUUAUAUCUAUGCCAAGGACAUGCAGUACAAGCUGGACAACAUCUGGAGUCUCUUUACCGCCAAUCACUGUCCCACGUUGGCUGGCAAACCGAAGCUAUUCUUUAUACAGGCUUGUCAGGGAGAUCGCUUGGAUACCGGCGUGACCCUACAACGUGGACGCACUGAAACCGACGGCGAUUCCUCCAUGAGUUAUAAGAUACCCAUACAUGCGGACUUUCUCAUUGCCUACUCCACCAUACCGGGUUUCUACUCCUGGCGGAAUACCACUCGGGGCAGCUGGUUUAUGCAGAGUCUGUGCGCCGAGUUGGCCGCCAAUGGCAAACGUCUGGACAUGCUCACCCUCUUGACCUUUGUGUGUCAGCGUGUUGCCGUUGACUUUGAGUCCUGCACACCGGAUACGCCGGAGAUGCAUCAGCAAAAGCAAAUACCCUGUAUUACCACAAUGCUAACGCGUAUUUUAUUAUUCAGCGAUAAGCAAAAAUCACCGACUGGACGCAAUUGAUUCCCACUCGGCAUAUGACUAACUAACAUCUAAUAAUGCGGGCGGUGUGAUAUCUAGAGGAAAUCAUUAAUAACUCAACCAUCUACACAUUCGUAAACUGUACACUUUUAUACAAAUCUACAAAUCUACAAAUCAACAAAUCAUAUUAUGAUUAGCAAUUAUUUCUAUAUGUACUGAUUGCCUGCUCCUGCCAUGUCAAAGUUUAGUAAUUCUUCUUAGCUCUUAAAAAUAAUGCUGUAUUUAAAUAUUUUUUAUAAACUCUAUUUUUGCAUUUUUUCAAACAAGUUUUUAAACGUAUUCGUAUUUAUGUAUUUAAGCGGAAAAAAAAAACAAAUAAAGUUUCUACAACCAAGUCAACCUCCAACUAUUUUUAUGCAAUUUUCAAAGAUCCUGCCUAUUACUAAACAUGUAACUAUUCAUUGUCCCUAGUCCUUAAAGAUUUAAAACUAUUUCAGAAACGCAAAGAAUAUAAGAUACAAAGUUUUUAUUACAUUAAAAGGGAAAAUAUUUUUAUAAAAUCAAUAUGUACUCUCUGUUAGUGAAGUAAUUACUUCGAUGUAAUAAAUAAUCACAAAUUUUAAAUGUUUUAA